AAAAAAAUUACUUUUCUAUAUUAACUAGGAUUAAUAGUUUGAAACAACGCAUAGUUCACGCUUAGCUUGUUAUAGAAAUGUCUAGGUUGAAUUCAAACUUUGUUAGGCGGAUUUUCUUCUUUAGAAAUAUAGUUGAAAGUAAAACUUAUGAAGCAGGACGAAAUUAUUCUGAAGUAAGUAGUAAUUGGACAAUAAGGAACAUCACCGAGGUCGACAUUCCGAAAAUAGCUGAAAUCCGAAAAUCGCCAACUUGUCACGAUUGCUUAUAUAGCCUGUAUUCCUUUCAUAAGUUGGAUCCAGAAGCGAUUAUUGUAGCUGAAAAUGAUAAUGGUAAUAUUAUUGGAACACAUUCCAUGCUAACUUUCGCAAAAGGCUUCUAUACAUCCGGAUUAACGUAUGUUCAUCCCAACUACAGAGGAAGCAAUCUUGCAUUUCAGCUUAUUCGCAAGGGAAUGGAACGACACAGACACAAGAACAGAGGAGUAGGUUUCACCUUCAAACAAUGGACAAAUAUGACAUCACAUCUAAUAGGUGCUAAAACGGAAAUAGGUUUUAAUGUUCAAGAAUACGUUUCCACUGAAAGCAUGCACACCAAUCUUCUCUCUGACAAUCUUCCUGGAGAUACUACUAUCCAUCCAUUGGAAACAAAUCACUUGGAACUCAUCUAUGAUUACGAUUUGCAAGUAGUUGGAUGUGAACGGCGGGCAUUUUUGGAUUUAAGUUUCAAUGAACCCCAUUGCAAAACUUUGAUUGCUUUGAAAAAUGAACGUUGUGUAGGAUUUGGUUCCGUUAAGUUAACUGUUUGGGGAGCCAAACGAGUCGGACCACUUUACGCAGAUGAUUCAAAGAUAGCAGAAGCGUUGUUGAAAUCGUUGCUGGAAGGAUUUCCUCAGGGAAAAGGUGUUGCAGUAGUAAUUCCUCCUGCCAAUUCCGAAGCUUUGAAGUUAAUGAACAAGAGUAAUAUUCCAUUAAGUAAAGAUUUGUAUCAAGUUCAUGAGGAUGGCGUUCCGCAGUCAGAUAUGUUGAAAGUAUAUGCAUUAUUUGAUGUGAGUGGCACAUCAAUAUGAACAUAUUACUUCAUAAAAUUCAGGAUCUAUUUCUACAAGAAAACUUAUGAACAAUUAAGGAACUAUAAGGAUUUAUGGCUCUCUUUUUCAGAAGUAAUUACGAAAGAAAUAUGUGUUUAUUUUAGUAGUAACAAAAGCCUUCAUUUCAGGCUAAAUCUGUGAGAUGAACAUAAUCACCAAAUUCAUUAUUCGGUGGGCGAAAUAAAAGCAAUACACUCUUUAA